AGAUCAGCAAGAACCCCUGGGGUGCCAUGGUGAACACUGCAGCCAAAGGGAUAAUCUUAUCUGGACUAUAAAAUAGAAUCUGUCAUCCUUUUCUGUUUGAAGAGGUUUUCUAGGUUUUGUCCAAUUUUUUAUUUUCAUCCAACUAAUAAGGUGUUGAGCAUCUUUUUACCCUUUUCUUUAUAUAUUCUGCUACCUUUAAUCCAUAUAGCCAUUGAAUCCAUCAUGGCCUGUUUAUUAUUACUUAAUGUUAUUCGCACCCUGGUAUUAACGGUCAGCAUUAUCGGGUUAUGUUGUCAUAUGAUACAAUGCAUCAUGUUGUCAAACUAUCAGAAAGAGGCUCACUUGACCGAUUGGUUGCAAGCGGGACACUGGCAGUACUUGGCUUGGUACAUGUCGUUUGCAUUGUCGACGCUGUGCGCGGCCAUUGUAUGUGUCGGGGCUUGCUGGACUCAUGAUCCCAAAGCGCGAUGUGACCGAUUCUUGGGCAUACUCAAUACGCUGCCACUCUUUACCUCCUUGUUGACCGAAUCUUUAGCAGAUACUACCGAACCAUGGACAAACAACGGAGACGCACAAAUCAAACGACCCAUUACCAGUAUCAUCACCUACUGCUUGACGUUAGAUGCGCGUAAGGACGUCUCCUAUCCGCUUCUCUAUAACAGAUGUUUAUUAAGCGACGCAACAUGGAUUGCAGCCACGUUAGCUUGCGCAUUAUGGGCCGCUUUGGCAUUGGUGGCCUUUUGUCAGCGACCGCCGCAACCCGUCAAAGGACAAUUACCAACCGUCGAACCGACGUGGGGCAGACAUAUCCCCGACUUCAUUUACUCACCUGCUUCGUUGCCAUCUGACAUGCCCUUGGUUCCCGCGCCCAAUUAUCCUGCGUCUCACAAAGAUUACGCGCUUACCUACCGUUCAUCUCUGCUUCGGCAACCGUACGAUCAGUAUUAUCUUCACUCCAAAAUUUCACUUGAAAGUCACGGCACCAUGAUCCAGAGUAACAAUACGCAAUAUGAUCAUGCCGAGAAAUACCGUGGUUAUCAACCACAAUCACCCAUGUCGCCGCAAACCGAGAAACUCGAGCUCUAUGAUAACUAUCCCAUGUCUCCAAACUAUUACAGUCCGCUGGACAAAGGAUACACUCCUGCUCCAGGAGCCGAGGGAUGGCUAGAGUGCAUGGCUCCUGCAUCACCCUUUGUGACUCCAUUGGCUGCUUCCACCACUUAUACCGAACGCAUGUCCUAUGAGCCUUAUCCGUCCAACCACCAUUCAUCAUCACGCCAGUCUUGGUUACCGUCACCACGUCCUUAA